AUGGAUUUCGCCGCUCUCAUGUCCAAGGAGAUCUCCAAGGCUAAAGGCUCCGUCACCCCCAAGGCGUCCGGUCCAACCAAAGAAAAAGAGGCGCCCGUUGAGCCGCCGAAGAAAUACUUGCGCCGAGGAGAAGUCGAGGCUGCGCGCAUUGCAGCAUAUAAUGAGGAGCAGGAGCGAUUACAACGGGAACGCGAAGAGCGCCUAGCCAACAAACGCAAGCUCGAGGAGGAGGAAGCGGACCGAAAUCGCGACCGGGAGGAAAAGAAACGAAAGAUUGCGGAGCAGUCAAAGAAACGGAGGGAAGAGGAAGAAGAUGCAAAGGAACGUGAGAGGCGACGCAGACUCGGGCUUCCUGAAUUGCCUGCCAAGAACGACCGUGAUGAGACACCAGCCAGCGAGGGAGCCGAAGCGGAGGAUAUGGAGGAGGAGGAGCUCACAGAGAAGUUGCGGGCACUGGAUGAGCCCGCUCGACUGUUUGGCGAGAACCAUCGAGCGCGACUCCGCCGUUACCGUCGCUUAGUGAAACGGUCCGCUACUUUGCAGAAGAUGACGGAUGGACCCAUUCCCACCAUUCUGGAGCCUGUGCCUGGUGGACAGAUGAUCAUCGAGGCCAAAAUACCGAAGGAACAGGAUCGCCGGCUGUUCCUGUUCCGGCAGCUGGCAUCUUACUUCAACAUGGUCCUGUCCGAGUGGGAGCUUGCACUGGCCAAGCGUGAUGUGACCGUCCGAGAAAGCUUCCAAGGCAAGCAGGCAUACAAUGCCAUGGUUCAGUCUCGAGAGAACCUGAAGCCGCUCUUCCGCCGGUUCGAGAAGGCAGACCUAGAAGACGGACUCUUGGAGCCGAUUGUGGAAAUUGUCCACAAGGCUCAGCAGCGGAGAUAUGUCGACGCCAACGACGCAUAUCUUCGGGUGAGCAUUGGAAAAGCUGCGUGGCCCAUCGGUGUGACCAUGGUUGGUAUUCAUGAACGGUCCGCCCGCGAGAAACUACACCAAAGCGAUCAACAGGCCCAUAUCCUCAGCGACGAGGCUACGCGCAAAUACCUACAGAGCAUUAAACGAUGCUUGAGCUUUGCGCAGGUGCGCUGGCCCCCGGAGGAUCAGUUGCAGGUCAUGGGCUAG